UCGAAUGAUCAUUCGAAUUGGAUCCUGCGAUCUUUCUCCGAAGCCGCGGAAGCCAAAACCAAGAACUCUUUUUGGUUGCUUUGGAGAUGAUAGCAUACCGGUAGCCUGCAAUUGAAUUGAUCCUGAUACAUCCUCCAAAUUAUCUUAUAUACAAUGUCACCACGACGAUCUCCAUUGGUAAAGUCGAUUCGAUCGUGGGUUCGAAAGCUAAGCGCCGCGUUUACAGAGAAUGUGUCGAAUAUCCGUUCCCAAAACUUGUCCUAUCGGCAUCCGUAUUUUUUUCUGGUGAUUCUGCUCGUCUAUGGCAUUGUCUUUGAGUCGACCUUGAUUAUUUCACCAUCGGCCACGACUACCACCAAACAGCAGCAGACACAACUAUCAUCCAAGAAUAAGCCACUCCUAAGACCAUCCAACGUGGAAAUUCUUCAAAAGUCGCAACCGGUCGACAUGGUCUUUGUGCAGCGCAGUGCAUCCGCGACCGAUGGAAUCGCUCGAGACGACCAGGGUCAAGACGGAUACGUGCCCGAUGUUACGGCUCUUCGCCAAAAUCCUCCCGGAUUCAAUUUGACGGGCGGUGAACUCAAAGAUGCCUGUCAGAUUCGAGACAGCGAUUACAAAAUGAUCCACGAAAAGGUUGCUGUGGAUGCUUCCAAAAAGCAAACCAAACAGCAAGCAGAACAGAAAAUUCUAUGUGUGGUACAAACCAGUGGCCAUCGGCAUUACGAUAGAAUACCAGCAUUGAGAAGAACAUGGGGUCCCAAAUGCGACGGUUUCGUGGUGGCAUCCAAUGUGACGGAUCCGGCCUUGGGUACCGUCCAUAUACCCCACGGUGGCACAUUGGACGAUCCACACAUGCGUGGAUGGCUACGAGUACGAAGUACUUGGAGUUUCAUCUACGACAAUUACUAUGACCAGUACGAUUGGUUCUAUUUUAGCAAUGACAUGGUAUUCUUGUUGGUAGAAAACUUGAGACUCUACUUGGCCAGUCUCGAAAUCAUCGCUGCCACACGGUACAAUCAAACUACCAACAAUGACAAUGACAAUACACAACAACAAAUACCACUGUUCAUGGGACGACGCUUUGCACUGGGUGGCAAUCUCAAUGAUAUCUUUAAUGCCGCCGGACCCGGCUAUGUGGUCAACAAGGCCGCCCUCAAAGUAUUUGUCGUUCAAGCCGAGUCGUAUGUCCCACAACAACACACGUCCAAAGAAGACUUGAUGAUGGCCCGGACGUUCGCCCAUUUUGGUGUGUUUCCCUACGACACCCAAGACGAUACUGGAGGCGAACGAUUCAUGAUUACCACUCCGGGACAUCACUACGAAAGCCAAUUCCCCGCAUGGUAUCACCAACAAUCCAUUGGGAUUCAGCAUGGCGUGGACCACUGCUCUACACAAAGCAUUUCGUUUCAUUACGUCAAUUCCAAGCUCAUGUAUCGACUCUACGCGUUGCUCUACGGAAACUGUAAACGAUAG